GCUGAGCGGCAGCAUCGACCCACGAGUCCAUGUUGAAGUCGAUGACACAUGGCUACAUUCUGCUAUUUUGGAGUUCGGCUUCAAGAAGCACAUAAGUUCCUUGGCGCAUGGAGGAGGGAGAUGUUACUGCGAGCGGCGAGACGCCGCGCAACCGGCGUAGAUCGCUGGCCUCGCAGAUGGAAGAAAUGACCAGCGACGGCGCCUUCAUGCGGGUUAUCGCUCGCAAGGGCCCACAGGUGAACCUAUGCCGCACCAUGUUGCACAAACCGACGGGGAAGCGCACGCUCGAAGACAUUCACGUGCUCAAAUCGCUGUUCGGGUCGUCCAAGUUACUCCAGUUCUUCUCCAAUCUAGACGCAUUUAAGCUUGAUCGACUGUAUCAAUCGCUGGAACUUGUUGCAUAUGCUGAGAAAGGGGCGUAUGUCUUCCACGAGGGUGACGAUGGCGAUAGUUUCUACCUUGUCUACACUGGUCGAGUGGAAGUAGUGAAAAAGGAGGUCGGCAAUCCAACUCGCCCCAAUGGAACCAUUCAUUUAGCCUUCUUGGGCCCAGGAGAUACCUUUGGAGAGCGAGCUUUGCUUUCCAGCACUGAUGUGCGGUCAGCGUCUGUGAUUAUAUCAACAGCACCAACGGAGCUAGUUUUUAUCAAUCGCGUCGUGUUCAGCGAGCUGCUCAAGGAAUCACACGACUCCAGUAAUACUGCUAAUACGCUCGAGAUAACCAAACGCUUCCGCAGCAACAAAGACAUCGUCCGCAAUAUUUUCAUGAGAAGCUCUGCUCAACGAUCCGAGAAGGACCUAAAAUUUGCUGUCGAGUACUUGAAGAGUGUCAAAUUCUUUUCUCGAUUUUCGUUUGAAGUCCGAAAGCAGCUUUGUAAGGUGUUGCGUCUCAUCAGUGCUGUCACUAACACGGUGCUUUUCGCUGAAGGUCAGGUGGGACGGCAUUUCUACAUCAUCUUUUCGGGUUGUGUGGAUGUAUCUGUGCGCACAAAGAAUCGCUUCGAUGAAACAAAAGAGAGCGUUGUCUCGAGGCUUGGCGAAGGUGAAUACUUCGGCGAGUUGGCACUCUCCCAGGCUGACGGUGUUCGUCGUGCCACCGUGCUGUGUACCGAAUUCUGCGAACUGCUUAUUCUAGGUCGAGACGAGUACGAGCCAUUGAUUAAAAAGUACCAAAACGAGUAUCACGCUCAGUACGCGCAGAUGCUGCGAAAAAAUCCCUACUUCAUUGGCCCCGAAUGGGAUGACAAUACCAUCGAAGGCAUGUGCUCCGUUAUGACUGAAAAGUAUAUUCCGUUUAAAGGCGAAAUCUGCAAGCAGGGAUCACGUGCUAGCGAGCUCUUUAUUGUGACGAGAGGUGAAUGCCGAAUCAUCCAUGAAGGAAAACACCCUAUCACAAAUGCGCGUCAGAUUUAUGAGCUCGGAAGAUACGGUCCCAACUCGGUUUUGGGCUGUGCGGAGGCAUCAGCAGGGAAGUUUAACGACAUUUUCAUUCGUGAAUACUCCAUCUUAGCGGAAUCACCGAUGAAAAUCCUGGUUCUUUCACGGUUUGACAUCUUUCACCUCAUGUCGGCAGACGCUCGUGCUAGUUUACAGCGCUCAUCAAACGGAUACAUUCGCGAAUCUAUCCAGAGUCGUGCAAUUAAAUCUUUGGCAUGGGAAAAGUACAAGAAAAGCUUCAUCGGCAGUGUCAUGGCUGAAAAUCAACACCAUUUGUUUGGGACUUAUAGAGGGGGACAUUCUGAUGGUGCUGUAAUACCCACUCAAUCCAGCACCAUGUUGGGGAAAUCGCAAUCUGCACCACUACUUCCGCUUAGCGACGCUCGCACACUGGUCGAUCCUGGCUCUCUCAUGCUUGAACGUCGAAGAGGAGUAGGAAAGACGAGUGCAGCUAAAGUGGUGCGGUCGACAAGCGGAAGCCAAAGUAGUGACCAGCAAAACAAUCGUGAAAGUGCUAAAAGUGCAUCUGGAGUGGAUGAACCUCAAACUGGCAAUGGGUCACCUCCUCCUGUAGAAAACUCGGACCGCUCUCCGAUCCCUCAAGAGAACGGGAACAUAAAAGCCACUCGAUCCGCUUCCGGGUCGUCACUGCUUCGGCGAGGGUCAUCAGUAACACCAGCGAAAUUGCAACAAGCAGGAAAUCGGGCGAAGCUGCCUCCUGUAGCUCAUGAAGACUCAACCCCCAGCACACAGUCGUCGCUAACUCGUUACAAUAGUAGUAAGUCCCUAAAUCGUCGAGUCAAUGGGGCCGACGGCAGCAAUGUGGAAAAAAGUGCUCGUUCAUUGCUUCCUGCGGUGUCUCCGAUCAAAGAAGCCAACGAGGAAUCGUCUAGUACAAAAGAAUACCGCAGUGAUUUACGUCGCUGCGGACGUGUUCGUGCAGAGAAAAUUGACAAUACAAUCAGCGGUGCUAAGAAUGGUCCAGCAGGAACAUCUACCGGUGUUGCAGCAAACGCAGCCACAAUAUGGGACCCUGUGCACGGUGUGUGCCAGCCUUUCGCCGUGUUGGGAUUCAUGAAGGAGCAAGCCACUCGACCCGCGUCCAGAGGAAUGUCUUUGUCAUUAUCUUCAGCAGGCAAAUUAUCCAAGUCUGCCAAAUCAGCUGCGGAUCAGCUUCGUAAAGUGGCUGCGGCUGUAAGUGCAGCAGGCCACGCAGAGUUCACUCGCUUCCGGGUAUUCGGCAAAUUCCGCGAUAUCGAUGAUGCCCUUAACUUGUUUCGACAAAUCUGCGCAGUAGAGAAGACUGCGGGGCAGUCAGACGGACAAGACUGCAGUCGCUUUGCUAUCUACAAAGAGGACGAGAUGACGAUGGCACUGGAGAACUUCCCUAGUGUUAUUACUGGUGAGGCGAAGGGGCCCAUCUUCGCCCAGUUCAGUGCUGCAGACCUGCCUCAAGCCACGGGUCAGCGCUUUGCGUGCGUGAGCGUCUCACUCCAGUCGCCUCGACCCGCGUGUAUUGAGGCCAUCGUUGUUCAUGUAUACCAGUGUUUCCCUACUCCACAGAGCGCCGUGAGAUUCGCUCGACAAGUGGCGGCAACACUUUUGGCUCCAGGUGCUUUGAGCAUAGUGCCUCUAUUCGAGUGGAUCCCACUGACGGAACUGGAGCGAUUCGACGCUCGCAACAACGACCUGGAGCAGGAAUUGGAGCUUGCUAUGCGUCGUGGCGGCCGGGAGAGCACGUGGAAGGCCAGGAAGGAGGCUAUCAAGAAAGUAAUCCACCAGCACAAGUUGAAGUCACCAACGUAAUAUUGUGGUCAACUAGUGCAAAUUUCACAAUAGAUAAUCUGAUACCGUGAC